GGGCCACGAGCUGGACGUGCGGGGCCUGGCGAGCUGCCUUUAUCCGCCGGGGGCCUUUGUGUCGGUGUCCCGAGACCGCACCACCCGCCUCUGGGCCCCAGACAGUUCUGAGAGCGCUGGCACUCUGGGCGCGCAGUGUAAGAAACCAGCGAAAUUUAAAUGGAAAGAGCAUCGGAUUGGGAGAUCAGAGACCUGACUUCUUGUCCUAACCUGAUCACUAAAGAGCGGAUGACCUUGGACGAGCCUAUUACCUUUUGGGGCUACAGUUUUCUUAUUUGUAAAGUGAGAAACUUUUGGACGGCACGAUCUCCCAAGUUUCUUUUAGACUCGAAAAUAUAUUGAUGCCAAGUGCAACCUCUUAAAUGAGAUCUGAAGGUAUCUGGCAUGUAAUUGAACCCUAACAGAGGCUUUACAGAAAUGCACUGUAUGAGUGGCCACUCCAAUUUUGUAUCUUGUGUUUGCAUCAUACCAUCAAGUGACAUCUACCCUCAUGGACUAAUUGCCACUGGAGGAAAUGACCACAAUAUUUGCAUUUUCUCACUGGACAGUCCAGCGCCACUUUAUAUACUAAAAGGUCACAAAAAUACUGUUUGUAGUCUUUCGUCUGGAAAAUUUGGGACAUUACUUAGUGGCUCAUGGGACACCACUGCUAAAGUCUGGCUAAAUGACAAAUGCAUGAUGACCUUACAGGGUCAUACAGCUGCAGUAUGGGCAGUAAAGAUAUUACCUGAACAGGGAUUAAUGUUGACUGGAUCAGCAGACAAGACUAUUAAACUGUGGAAGGCUGGAAGAUGUGAGAGGAAUUUUAUGGGGCAUGAAGACUGUGUAAGAGGUUUGGCAAUUUUGAGUGAAACAGAAUUUCUUUCCUGUGCAAAUGAUGCUAGUAUUAGAAGGUGGCAAAUCACUGGCGAGUGUCUUGAAGUAUAUUAUGGCCAUACCAACUAUAUUUAUAGCAUAUCUGUCUUUCCAAAUUGUAAAGAUUUUGUGACAACAGCAGAAGAUAGAUCUCUGAGAAUCUGGAAACAUGGGGAAUGUGCUCAGACAAUCCGACUUCCAGCUCAGUCUAUAUGGUGCUGCUGUGUUCUAGACAAUGGUGAUAUUGUGGUUGGUGCAAGUGAUGGUAUUAUUAGAGUUUUCACAGAAUCAGAGGAUCGGACAGCAAGUGCUGAGGAAAUCAAGCGUUUUGAAAAAGAACUCUCUCAGGCAACGAUUGAUUCCAAAACUGGUGAUUUGGGGGACAUUAAUGCUGAGCAGCUUCCUGGCAGGGAACAUCUGAAUGAAUCUGGUACUAGAGAUGGACAGACUCGUCUAAUCAGAGAUGGAGAGAAAGUCGAAGCCUAUCAGUGGAGUGUUAGUGAAAGGAGAUGGAUGAAAAUUGGUGAUGUUGUUGGCUCAUCUGGUGCUAAUCAGCAAACAUCUGGAAAAGUUUUAUAUGAAGGGAAAGAAUUUGAUUAUGUUUUCUCAAUUGAUGUCAAUGAAGGUGGACCAUCAUAUAAAUUGCCAUAUAAUACCAGUGAUGAUCCCUGGUUAACUGCAUACAACUUCUUGCAGAAGAAUGAUUUGAAUCCCAUGUUUUUGGAUCAAGUGGCUAAGUUUAUUAUUGAUAACACAAAAGGUCAAAUGUUGGGGCUUGGGAACACCAAUUUUUCAGAUCCAUUUACAGGUGGUGGUCGGUAUGUUCCGGGCUCUUCAUCAGGAUCUUCUAAUGCACCGCCUGCAGCAGAUCCUUUCACAGGUGCUGGUCGUUACGUACCAGGUUCCACAAGUACGGGAACUCCCAUGGCUGGAGCUGAUCCAUUUACAGGGAAUAGUGCUUACCGAUCAGCUACAUCUAAAAUAGUGAAUAUUUAUUUUCCAAAAAAAGAGGCUGUCACUUUUGACCAAGCUAACCCUACACAAAUAUUAGGUAAACUGAAGGAACUUAACGGAACUGCACCUGAAGAGAAGAAGUUAACUGAAGAUGACUUGAUACUUCUUGAAAAGAUACUGUCUCUAAUAUGUAAUAAUUCUUCAGAGAAACCUACAGCCCAGCAACUUCAGAUUUUGUGGAAAGCUACUAACUGGCCUGAAGAUAUUGUCUUUCCUGCCCUUGAUAUUCUUCGGUUGUCCAUUAAACAUCCCAGUGUGAAUGAGAACUUCUGCAAUGAAAAGGAAGGGGCUCAGUUCAGCAGUCAUCUUCUCAAUCUUCUGAACCCUAAAGGAAAGCCAGCAAACCAGCUACUUGCUCUCAGGACUUUUUGCAAUUGUUUUGUUGGCCAGGCAGGACAAAAGCUCAUGAUGUUGCAGAGGGAAUCACUGAUGUCCCAUGCAAUAGAACUGAAAUCAGGGAGCAAUAAGAACAUUCACAUUGCUCUGGCUACACUGACCCUGAACUACUCUGUUUGUUUUCAUAAAGACCAUAACAUUGAAGGGAAAGCUCAGUGCUUGUCAGUAAUUAGCACAGUCUUGGAAGUUGUACAAGACCUAGAAGCCACAUUUAGACUUCUUGUGGCUCUUGGGACGCUUAUCAGUGAUGAUUCAAAUGCUGUACAAUUAGCCAAGUCUUUAGGCGUUGAUUCUCAAAUAAGAAAAUACGCCUCAGUAUCAGAACCAGCUAAAGUAAGUGAAUGCUGUAGACUUAUACUAAAUUUGCUGUAGCAAUGGGGCAGGGGGCUGUGAUUUUAAGUUAAUUUUUUUUCUCUCACAUUUUACAUGACUGGUUACAUAUGGUAGAACAAAAUACUGUGGAUGAAGUAACAUUUCAGAUAUUGUAAAGGGCGGAGGGGUGACAAAGGAAAAAUAAAACAUUUUUGCACUGAUUAACUGUGAGACUGUACUGUGUAGUGUGGGUAGGUUUUCAAGAGUAUAGAAACAAAUUAAGAAUGAGCUGUAAUCAGCAACACAACCACUGCAAUGGCAUUCUGCCUUUGUUUUAGCCACUCAGGAAACAAGGGCUUUUGUUACUAUAACCUGCCUCUACUACUUAUAUUCUCUAAACUGUUAACUGUGGGUGGUUGUCUUUUAUUUAACUUCUUGUCUGCUCACUUUCAUUGCUGGAUUCUUGUUUUAGGAUACCUCCUUCAGAAUUUAAAAAAAUUAGACUUGUGAAUUAUUCCAGAUAUUGAAAAAAUAUAGAAUAAUUCUUUGAUUUAAGUCAUUUGGAAAUAAAAUUAUAUUUGUUUGAUGGCUCAUUUUUAGAGGAAGAAAAAGCAUAUUGCUAAGAUACAUGAUCUAUGAGGUCAUGUAUCAAUUCAGGCGAGUUGAUUCCAGGAUUAUGAUCCAGUUUCUUUGGCCUUUCAAUAUUUGAUAUAAUUCCAUUUAUCGUUCCAGUUUUGGUACUUGAUUAUUUAUAUUUCGUCAUUUACAUUCUUUAAAAGGGAAUUCGGUAUGUAUUCACUUUUAUCAGGCUCUCGCACAAGCAAGGAUACAUCAAACUACUUCAUCUGGACGGCCAGAGCCUGUCGUAUGAAACAAGUAUUUUUGAAACCCUAGGACGUUCCAGGGAGCCUUAGUGGCACAGUGGUUAAGUGCUCAGCUGCUAACCAAGAGGUCAGCUGUUCAAACCCAGCAGCUGCUCUU